GCCUCUGCCACCCGGUACCUGUCUGCAGCUGCCUUCACUUCAGCUUUCGGGUCUGAUCCCGUUCUUAUUUGCUUUUCAGGAAUUUGCUCCUUCAGUCCUCUGCACUACCAUGAGAAACAGAAUGGCUUCAGUCGCCAUGGUGAUGUGCAUGAUGAUGGUGCAAGCGGAUGUGAGGCCUCAGGGAGACUUCAACGCACAGAAGUUCGCAGGGAAAUGGUACCGUCUGGGUCUGGCCUAUGACGCUCCCAGUUUUGCCCCGUACAAGGAGAGGCUGAAGGCUUCCAUGGGAAUCGUCACAGUGUUGCCAAAUGGCAACGUCAACCUCACCAUGUGGGAUGCAACACCAACAGGUUGCCGCACUAAACUGUACCAGUACGAGAGGACAAACGUUCCGGGGCAGUUCACCUACUUCAGCACACGCCACAACAUGGUGAAGGACAUCACGGUGGUGGAGACCAACUACAGUGAGUACGCUCUGGUGCUCAAACACAGAGUUUUCAACAGGGAGUACACGCAGGUCGCCCUUUACGGACGCUCGCCGACGCUCAAACAAGCCAUCAUCAACAAGUUUAAAUCUUUCUCCUCCUCACGUGGUUUUCCCAAGGAGUCUAUUCUGACUCCUCCUCUGGCAGACAACUGUCCACCAUCGCCCGAACCUUAGGAUCUGUGGCGGCACUCCAGUCUGACUUUCAGCAUCAGUGACUGGCAUCGAACUUCAAACCUGCUUUUCUGCUUUUUUUUAAUCAUGGUGCUUCUUUUUAUAUGCACUCACCUGAAACAACACCUGGAUUUUGUCUCCAAGCUGUUGACUUACCUCAGGUUAGAGUCACUGUUCUUUUAACUUGAAUAAGACGGUACAAGGUUUUUU